AUGAAAAAGAAAACAUAUCCGCUCUACCCAUAUCUAAGGAUUUAUGAAGAAAUUACUAGAAAUAGUAUACCAGCAUUAAUCUAUCUAUCUAUCUAUCUAUCUAUCUAUCUAUCUAUCUUGCUCUCUCUGUCUUUCUCUCUCUGUCUUUCUCUCUCUCUCUUUCUCUCUCUGUCUUUCUCUCUCUCUAUAUAUAUCUAUCUAUCACAUAUCUAUCUAUCUAUCUUCGUAGAUAUUCAAAUCUCUCAGUCUCAAUCUCAGCUCUCUCCCCCCUCUCUCUCUCUAUCUCUAUCUAUCUAUCUAUCUAUCUAUCUAUCUAUCUAUCUAUCUAUCUAUCACAGUCUCUUCAUAUCUGUCUAUCUCACAAAAUGCAUAUAUGUGAAUCUACUUACCUCAGUAUCUAUCUAUCUAUCUAUCUUGCUCUCUCUGUCUCUGUCUCUGUCUCUGUCUCUCUCUCUAUCUAUCUAUCUAUCUAUCUAUCUAUCACAGUCUCUUCAUUUUAGUCUAUCUCACAAAAUGCCUACAUGUGAAUCUACCUACCUCAGUAUCUAUCUAUCUAUCUAUCUAUCUAUCUAUCUAUCUAUCUAUCUCAGUCUGUUCAUUAUCUAUCUAUCUAUCUAUCUAUCUAUCUAUCUAUCUAUCUAUCCCAGUUAUGUCAUAUCUAAUACCUUAAAACUAUAUUUUUCUCAUCUAUCUAUCUAUCUAUCUAUCUAUCUAUCUAUCUAUCUAUAUUAA